AUGCUGUCGUUUGCACUGGCGCUGCUCUUCGGAGCUGCUGCUGGGCUCACACCAGCGCAAUGGCGUUGUCAAAGUGUCUAUCAAGUUCUCACGGAUCGAUUUGCGCUGACGAGUGGAUCGACGACUGCAGCGUGCAAUUGGGGGAGUUAUUGUGGUGGGACGUGGCAGGGGCUGAUUAACAAGUUGGAUUAUGUCAAAGGCAUGGGGUUCACAGCUGUCUGGAUCUCUCCUGUCGUUAAGAAUAUCGCUGGGGGAACUCCAUAUGGAGACCCCUAUCAUGGCUACUGGCCGCAGGACAUCUACUCCCUCAACUCGGCCUUUGGUACACCAGCGGACCUCAAGGCUCUUUCGGCAGCCCUGCACUCCCGUGGCAUGUAUCUUAUGGUCGACACAGUUUCCAACCACUUCGCUUACAAUGGAGCUCCUGCCAACGUGAAGUGGUCCAAUCUUGAACCAUUCGACGAUGCGAAAUACUACCACCCCUACUGCAAAAUGGACCAUGACAACAUGACGGCUGUCCGCGAGUGCUGGGUCGGGGACACUGUGGUCUCAUUACCCGAUCUGAAGACAGAGGACAAGACCGUUCAAACCAUGUUCAAUGAAUGGAUUCCCCAAUUGGUCCAGAACUACUCGAUCGAUGGACUGCGUCUAGACUCGGCGAUGCAAGUCAAUCAGGACUUCUGGCCCUCCUUCAUCUCUUCGUCAGGCGUCUACGCCAUCGGCGAGGUAUUCGAUGGCAACCCCAAUACAUUCUGCACGUAUCAGAACUACAUGCCUGGAAUGCUAAACUACGCGGCGUACUUCUGGCUUCUUCGAGCGUUUCAGUCCACGACAGCUACUAUGAGCGAGCUUGCGAACAACCUGAAGUGGCUCAAUGCGACAUGCAAGGACACGACUCUGCUCGGGAAUUUCCUUGAGAACCACGAUAACCCCCGUUUUGCAUCGAUUACUAACGAUACCGGGUUGACGAAGAACGCUAUCGCUUUCACGCUGCUCAACGACGGUCUGCCGAUUGUGUACUACGGCCAAGAGCAAGGCUUUUCUGGAGCUACGGAUCCGUACAAUCGAGAGCCUCUGUGGACGUCAGGCUAUAACACCAAAGCGCCAAUGUAUACACAUAUCGCCAAGCUAAAUGGCGCUCGAUCUCUUGCUAUUUCCAAAGAUCCAACAUACGUCACUUCGAAAUCAAACGUCAUCUACUCCGACGACAAGGCUCUCGUAACGAGCAAAGGCGCUGUUUCUUCGCCCCUGAUCUCAGUCUUCACAAACCUUGGUGCUGGGAAGAGUUCAUCAAUCAAGAUCAACUCCAAAGUGACGGGCUUUGCGGCGAAUACGAAAUUCACGGAUCUAUUGACCUGCACCGUGAUAUCUACUGAUUCGAGUGGUAAUUUGGCUAUCGAUAUUGCGGAUGGCGCUCCCAGUGCCUUCUACCUUACUUCAUUGUUGAAGGGAUCGGAUCCUUGUGCAAGUACUAACACUGGAGGAGCGACGAGUAUUUCCAGCUCCAGCAGCAAGAUCACCUGCACCACAGUGUCCACAGUCUCCGUCUCCUUCAACCACAACGUCACGACCGCCUGGCUCGAGAGCAUCAAACUCAUCGGCUCAAUCACCGAACUUGGGAAAUGGAAUACCUCUCAAGCCGUGGCUAUGUCAGCUUCCGGAUAUACGACUGACAAUCCGAUCUGGAAUGCGACGGUGAAGCUGGUUGCUGGGACGUAUCUGGAGUAUAAGUUCAUCAAAGUUGAUUCCGAUGGUGGUGUUACGUGGGAGGUUGACCCGAAUCGGAAUUAUACUGUGCCGAGGGCGUGUUCGAACACGGCGGUGUUGGAGAGUGACUGGCAGUAG